CUUGAAGAAUUCGUCGACAUGUCGAGCCUGCGAACAGGGAAGAAAGACACAAAAAUGAGAAUUCGGGCUUUUCCGGUAAGAAUGAAUAUCUAAAGCAGCCGAAAACGUUCCUUUAUUAGUUUAAAUGUUAAAGUAGUUAAAAUUUACCGUGUAAUCGUUUUGAAGGAUCACAGAGUGGAAAAAUGCAAUUGAUUAGGGCCAUGGCGAGGAAGUCAAAUUUGGCGCGAUUUGCACCCAGAUUUGUCUAUUUGCGAUGAGGAAGUUCCAUUUAUCCAAAAACGCUUGUUUUUUAAUUUUAAGGGAAAAUUUGUUCAAUUUUAAUGCGAGAUUGCAAAUACCUUAACGGAAGUUACGUAGUCCAAACAUGUAAUGAUCAGAAUAUUGAUAUGUUAAUGCUAAGUUUGUAAUUUAACAUUCUUUGUUUCCUUGCAUGAUGUAAACAUGCUAGGGACGAACGUGGGCAAGAGUUUGAGUAUGAUCAUGCAUCUUGUGGCACAAGAUGCAUGCAUACUUACUUUAAGUCAAAAUGUUAAUCAGCAGAAGUCUAGUAAUAAUAAUGAUAAUAAUACAUGUGGCUUUUGUACAGUUUGAUUUCUAAAGUACUUAACUUGCUAAGCCGAGAAUUCUGCCUCCAGUGGCUAUUUUGCUUAGUUGGCAAUUUGUCUGUAACAUUACUCUUGCCAGGCAAGUUACUGGGAAAAAUCAAACAGAGGCCAAAAAAUCAAGGGAGAUUUGUCGAAACACCCAAAAAGUUGUUGGAGAUGCACUGGAUAACUUAUGAAACUCUAAAACUUUUGAGGGACAGGUCCCUGGUUUCCAUUUAAACUGGACAAUGCAAUCCAUCUGAGUGCAAAUUAGGUGAACAUGUCAACAAAACAAGCAAAGCACACACAAAUAAAUUUGAAUAGACACCCAUCACAUAAGCCAAUUAGUGCACGCACCUGCAUCCGGCACUGUGUAAUGGAACUGGAGGUGACAAACAAUAAAAAUCAACCAAGGAUAAGACAUUAUUUUUCAACGUUGGACUGUUAAUCUGAACUCAUGUAGUUUUUGCCGUUCUCAUAAAUAUUGCACUAGGAUGAUGGAAGAAUUUAUUUAACAAUUUAAGAAGAAGUGUGAAUUUGAGAGGUGGUAUAUGAGAUCCAAAUUUAUGGCACACAUUAGCAAGCUCUAAAGUAGCAAAACAUCAUGUACGUUAACUGACUGGUUACUGGCUGUCAAACAUACUUAAGUGUAACCUUCUGUUCUCAGACACCCUUGGGCAGGGCUGUCCCUGAGACUUCAAGUUGGUAGGUAAAUACAACAAGUAAAGAAAUUACAAGCUAUUUGAUUCCCCACCUAGCUUCUAUUUUUCUAUUUUCCUAUGAAAGUAGCUGGAGGAAGUACCUGGGCCCCGGCUGUCAGUGACAGUCCUGAUUAGGAUCGGAAAAAAAUUGUCUGUUGAAGAGAGGUUAAUAAAGUGUCAUUGGUAAUGAUUUGUCUCUGGUGCAAUGACUAGGUGUCAAUGUAGAGAAAGUGUCUUUUUGUAUAAGUCAAACUGUACAAAGGCCACCUGGAUCUCACUCAUAAGGCAUCUUGUGACUUUUUAAUGGACAAAAUAUGAGAUCAUGGACUACACCCUAGCUCCUCUGCAAGGUCUAUCUGAAGCAAAUCUCUCGAAAACUUCUAUUUUCAUUGGCCUGUGAAAAAAGGCCUUUAAGUGGGUGGUUUAAUUUUCAAGGUUGUAGGAUAAGGAAAUGACUGGACUUUUGUUGUGGACAGAAAAAGGUGGUCAUAUGGCAAAAAUUCCACUGUUCAUAAUUACAUUAUGCUAAUAAGAUUUCCUUUGAUUGGUCACACUGCAUUUUUGUGAAAAUGAUUCAUAUCCGUUUUUUUAAGAAAGGCGAAGAUGACAUUCAAGAGGUAUGCAUGAAAGUGCAGAAAAAUUGUUCAACACCUGUUUAAAAUUAAAAGUUUAACAUCUUUUCAUCCCUCUUUAAAAUGCAUAUCCAAGAAUAUUGUUAUUCUGGAAAGACUACCCUCACAAAUAGUUCCUUCCCCAUAGGAAAGAGCUACUUACCCUGGGGCAGAAUGGUUAAUGUAAUAACAGCUAAUUUUCAGUCAUUUAAUGACACCACUUAUGAGUAAGAGUGACCCCCUAAAUGGGCAGUUGCCAUCUUAUUUUGAACUUUGCAGUAUAUAUGUAAGGCCAAACGUUUUCAUUCAAGGGUGUUUGUGUUGUUGUUCCAAUAAGGUUUUUUUUGGAAAGAAAGAAAAAGGAAAAAUUAUUUAUACUGUUGCAGGAUAGGUAAAAACAUGAAUAAUUGCAGUUAAGACAGUUGGUGUGGUAUAUUUUGAAUUAAUGGUAUAGACUUCAAGGUCAGCUGAGUUCAUGAUUAUACAUUGUGUUUAGUACAAAAUAAUAUUAAGUUUCAUAUACCUUGGGGGGAAUAAUUUUUUAAAACCUUGAUGAAAACACCCAAACACUUACCAGAUACAAUAAAUCCCCAGUCACCAAUCUGCAAAAGUAUACAUAUAAUUGACUGUAUUAUAGCUUUUUGUUUGUGAGUUUGGUGGUACUUGUUUUAAGAAAUCUUUUUGGUUUUACUGCAUAAAUUAAGUGGUCCAAGUGAAUAAUUUAUUCAAAAUGCUACAGCUGGAUGAUGCUUUUAUAGUUUUGAAAGUGAAGUGUUUUUUGCUUUUGAUCAUUAUCUUUUCUUUUCAUAACUCACUAUUUUCAAAAAAAAAAAUUCUUCCAACAGUUAUUAACUUUUUUUUUGCAAAAUUAAUACCUUUUUUCUAAAUUACUACUGUGUGUUAGAAACUAUCAAGGGAUAUAAACUAUAGUUACAUGUAUAGUUGUAUAACAAAACUUGAACUUAAAGAUUUUGCUGUCCUCUGUUUGUUUGCCAUCAGCCUUUUAAACUAAACAAAAUUUAACUGAGAAAAGUCCAUUAAAUUUCAGCCAGGAAGAAAGAAAACAAAUUCUUAAAUCAUGCUAUUUUAAGAAAUCGUAUCUCUAAAGUAUUCAUGAACAGUUUCCUUUAACAGUCUGAGAAGCUAUUUUUAGAAAUUUUGUAUUAAUUAUUUAUUAGCUUUGCAUCCAAUGUUAAUGUAUGCAAUGUUGCUAUUCUAAUAAGCUGCAAGGAGUUUGGUAUUUGAAACUGAAGUAAGGCUUGUGUGGUUGUUUUUCUUUAAUGAAGGUACGUUUCAUGUUUUAUCAUAAAUUUUUUGUGCUUUUUUCAUUCCUAACUUGGCAUCAAAAAACUGAUCAAAGUGAUUUUUUUUGUUCAUUUAUUUUUUCAGUCAUGAAGAAACAGACAUUUUACAGUCUAUUUUACUAUUGUUAUUACAUUCGUGGCUACAGGUGUAGCUUUUAGGUUCACGACCAAAUGUGAGAGAACUUUACUACUGCCAUUUACCAUAAAUCAAAAAUUUGGUGCUGGAACUCUUUAAUCGUAACAGUUUCCUAACUUUUGAGUCAGCUGCUCCUUAACAUGGCACUGUAUUUUUCAGUAUUUUAGAAAAUGAAAUAAUUGUAAUUUUCCUUGAAUUUCACAGCGAUCCAUAUUCCCAGUCGUCUGGUCGUCUCAGGUGACUUCAAUCCUGUACAAAUGAUUAAGAUAAGUUAAAAAGUCGCCCUUCGGAUGAGUGAGGUUUUUCUCAACCACAAAAUCUUUUCAAAAAAUUAUUAUAUGUUUUUAUACGUUUUCCCCGUGUUCUUAUUACUUCUCUGAUCCACUUAAAACUUUUAGAAAAUGAAGAAUAACAAGCUGCUUUUGUCUGCAAUGAAAUCGUGAGUUUGGGCGCCAUCUUUGAUGGUUCAGCAUUUUCUUCGAAAGGCUCACUUUUUUGUGAAGUACUGCAUUCAGAGACCAUUCGUAGAAAAUGUGUCAGCAAUCUUAAAGAUCUGGCAUUUUGUAGAGGGCGUUUCGUUGCCUUUGGCGAAAAAAAAAAGAUGUGACCUUUUUUAGAAGACGUUUCGCAGAAAGGUGACGCAGGAGCUGCUGCCUUAUAUGGGGGAAAAGGCAAGCUUACCAUCUUGCCUUCACUUCAUGGCAAACUGACCAACCGUGGUGGCUACUUGUAACACGUAAAUAAGCUAUGUUUAGCCUAGGCCUGUAGCCUGUUGUACUUAAAAGUUUAGUUAAAACCCUUUCAUAAUAACUAUAAUGGGAAUAAAUGCUAAUCAGAAAUGUUCAAGUUGCACGCAAUUUUUUCACCAUUCUUUUAAGUUUAUACAAUUCUGCACUUUUGUCUGGGCAACCCAAAUUGAAAAUGGGCAAGUACAUGUAUGCUACCAGGCUUACUUGCCCAGCUGACGACUCUGAGAAAAAAUGAAUACCUGAAUUUUGCCUUAUUAGUACAUUGUACUUUUAAAAAUAUAAAGGUACUUGCUAGGGUUUGAAACGCUGGCUGUAUUGAUGAGGAGAAUUUAUGUAACAAUCUUGCCAUUUCAUCCUUGGUGAUCGUUUCCUUUAUGCCCUGAUAUUUAUGUUUGAUUAAGCAGGGUUUAACCUCCCUUAGCCCUUUAAGUCCCAAGAGUGACCAACAUCAAUUUUCUCCAAACAAUAUCAAUACACAAUUAAGAGAAAAGGUUAUGAGAAUUGAUGAAAUAAUCACCUAAUGGAAAAUGCUUUGAUCUUUUAUCAAAUUCUCUCAACUUAUUCUUCAUGGAAAUGUGUCGAGACCAGUCUGGAGAAUUUAUGUUUUUUGGCUUUAAGGGUUAUUCCAUUGGUGACCAGCAACUCAGCUGAUUUCUCACUACACAAUUAAGACAUAAUAAGACAUAAAGGCACUAGAUUUUAUUUCAUUGAUCAUGUUACCAAAGGAAACAUAUCAAUGGAGGAAGUGUGGCCCUGUGGUCAGAGUGCUGGACCUGCAAUCUGGCAGUCUCAGGUUCUAGUCCUGCUGCUUCCUUUGGCUUGAUUUGCUUUACAGUAGCACCAAGUUCAACUUUUGGGCCACUUUUGUAAAUGCAAUAGAAUCCCAGCUUUUGCAAUCUCAGUUUAUCAAGCCUCCCAGUAACUGACGUUUCUUCCCGAAUCAGGCACUCAAAUAGAGUGGAAAAGUGCAAUGUCAUAGAUAAUUAUAUUUGUGAAGUUAUCGGAUUGGUUAGCAUAUUCAGAAACAACAACAUAAAAAAGCUCCAUUGCCAAAAAUUAGACUGUUAGUGCAAAUUGGUGGAUAGAUAUAAGCCCCAGUUUGCUCUGAUGACUCCAUACAAAUCUUUCUAGGCCUAUUUUAGAAGGGUUUACGUGGAGUCAUCAAAGGAUAACCUUGCUUAUAUCUCCUCGCCAAUUUGCACCAACAGGCUGAUUUCUGGCAAGUGAACGUUUUUCAUCUUUUCUUUCUGGAUAUGCCAACCAAUCACAUAAUUUCACAAAUCUAGUUUUUGUGACAUCAUCACUUCCCUUCUCUAUUUGUUCCUUUUUACCCCACAUUUGAAAUUUGAAUCAAUUUUCUGUUCCUAAGAGGGUAUGAAAAAUUAGGAUUCCAUUGACGCCAAAUGGCUUGCCUCAUGCCGCUUGGAAUUUCUUAUGUUUGUACAUUGAGUUUGAAUUUUUUUUAAGUGAUUUGCAUUGCCCCACAAGCCUUUGUGCUAAAAUCCUGCAAAAGGUAAAUAAGGUUUAAUCAUUUCAUUGUUCUUGGUUUUUAAUUAGAUGACCAUGGAUGACAAGUAUGUAGAGGAUAUUUGGAAUUUAUUGAAGAAUGCGAUUCAGGAAAUCCAGAAAAAGAACAACAGUGGCCUGAGUUUUGAAGAACUGUAUAGGUAACACGAUUAUCUCAACUUUACUUGUAGUUACACAUGUGUACAGCAAGCAUGGUGUUUUCUGUGAGUCAUUCAUUUAAUUCACUUUUAGAAAGAACAGCAGCUUAGCUUAACAGUAAAUAAUAUAAUAAGUAAUUUAUUUAUAAUGAUCAUUUAUUAAUUAAUAAUAUUUAUUAAUCAGCUACCUUUAUAAUACUUGUCAAUUAACUACAAUAUAACGUUUAUUCAUCAUCAUCACCCAUUAGUACUGGUACCAAGGCCUAAAAGAGGUUGCAACAAUGCACUGAGAUUUCCGCAAGCCCCAUACACCCUGUACAUCAAUACACUGUUAUUCAUACAGUUGUACAUGUUUCGAAUCUGUUCUGUUUGGGUGAAAUAGUUUGAGGUUUCUGUAUGUAUUCAUAGAUAUAUGGGGCUGUGCAGAAAUCUCACCACGACUACACAUACAUCAACUUGAAAAUGUUCAAAAUUUAUACAGUACAUUCUAUGCUAAGUUUGCUUCUUUACACCAAGUCUGUGCUCUAGCAGAACCCGGUGACCCCUGGCUCUUAACUUUUGCUCCUGGGUGACUAGAAAAUCUUUAGAUACUGUCUUUUAGUAUACUGCAAGUACAUGGAAGUGCUGUUAUAUAAGUUCUAAUCAAAGGCAGGCUUUUCUUCUCACCCGUUAUUGAUUUGUUUGGUAGGAAUGCUUACACUAUGGUUCUACAUAAGCAUGGAGAAAGAUUAUACUCUGGCCUCAAGCAGGUUGUUACAGAUCAUCUCAUAGAAAAGGUAUGGUAUCUUCCUUCUGCGGUUAAUGUUUUUCUUGCCAGCUGAGAUUGUCAAAGUGGCAUGAAAUGAAUUUUUCUCUGAAUGGAACCUUUUUCUUGUAAGUGCUGUUGCUUCGUCUUGUGACAGACAAAUGGGAUUUAGUUUGUGACAAUGUGUUUAUUUGGGUGUUUUUCUCUUUGGUCAUGUUUUCUCCUUUUUGCUUUACUCUUGUAAGAUUCGCAAAGAUGUCGUGGCUUCACUCAAUAACAAUUUCUUGGAUACAUUGAAUGCGGCUUGGAAUGAUCACCAGACAUCUAUGGUGAUGAUCAGAGAUAUUCUUAUGUACAUGGUAGGUCAUUGCUCUUAAGAAAGUACUUCAUAAAGAUCAGGGUUUGCAAAUGUGCCAAAUUUGGUGUAUUUUACACCGAAAUUGUUCAGAUGAUUCCACAUAGGUUAUGGAGAGAGUCACUUCGACUCCAGAAAUGUUCAGUAACAAACAGAGAGCCACUUCGACUCCAGAAAUUUUUGGUAACAAACACAGUUUUGUCCUUACCCUUUUUGCAACAAAUACAAUUUACGUUAAUUGUAAAUGUUUUAAGCCUUAAUUAAAUCAUCAAAAUUAAAGAAUUAUACUGCAUGACAAAACAGGAAGAGGGUGAAUUAUGAUCAAAGUUUACUCUAUGACUGCCAUCCUGGAUUUGAGCUUUCCAGGUCAGUGGACCACCACAGCUACUUUGUGUAUCCCUCAGGAUAGUGUAUACAUGCCAGGACCACAUGAUGGAAAGUCUGAAAAUGACUUUUUUCGUUGUGAUACUUGACUCCAAAUAUUCCAAAAAGACUCCAAAAUUUGUGAAGUAGAAGUCACAGUGACUCCACUCAUCAAUAAAAUUUGCAAAGCCUGAAGAUCGUUGCAAUUGUUCACUCUGCAGUGUUAGAGAAACUUUAUUCUAAAGGGUUUUGUUAAUGGUUUGUCUAACGAUAGUCAAUUAUUGAUCAUGAUGUUUCAACCGUGUGGUGCAGGUCUUCAGUAGGCGAUUGUCUUCAUUUAUUGAGUGAGACUAUUAGUACUGCCGUGAUUAUUUUACUUUUGCCUCUAAUAAUACCAGCAAUGCUGCGGAUCAAACCCACCAACCAUGAGUGAGGUUCGUGAUACACCACUCACUAACAACCGCCUUAGGGACCAUAGUGAGACAAACGUUGAACAAAAUCCUUGACCACGCUCUACCAUGUUAAAGUACAUGUACUCUAACAGUGCCUGGCAUGGUGGCGACUGGCAACUUACUCUUGCCCUUGGGUAACUAGGAUAUCUUAGUUUUUGCAUGCAUCUCAUGCUGUGCACGCCUAGAUUUCACAGGUUCAAAACAGUGGGCUUCAUGACAUUUGUCUUAGAGUACUGCAUUUGUAAUGCUGAAGUGCUCUAGUUUGAAUGUUGACACUAUAGGAUUUACUUUAAUGUUUCUGCAAACUCACAAGUUAGAAAAUGUUUCUGGUCUUCCAAAUAGCUUUGAGAGUAAAAUGAGUAAGAGCUGAUCUCCCCACUUAUUGCUUAUUACAGUAUUAUCUAUCUUUUUUUUUCAGGAUAGAGUGUAUGUUCAACAAAAUGGUGUUGAUAAUGUUUACAACUUAGGCUUAAUCCUCUUCAGGGACCUGGUUAGUUUCUUGUUGAUCUAUUUCCUGAUAGAUUUUUAAAAUAUUUUGUUAGUUUGUGGUGGUUUCUGUUUUCAAUUUAAUUGUCUGCUUGAAAAAGUAUCAUUAUUUUAUUGCUUGUUUGUUUCCUAUUAAAGGUUGUACGGUAUGGUAAUAUAAGAGAUCAUCUUUGUCAAACACUGCUAACACUGGUGAGAAGAGAGCGUAAAGGAGAAGUUGUGGAUAGGUACAGUGUGCACUUAUUCAUCUUUGUAAGGGGUUUUAAGGGGGCCUAUAAAUGAAAGGGCUUAUAUCUGUGAGGGCCUAUAAAUGGAGGGACUUAUAUCUGAGGGGGCCUAUAAAUGGAGGGGCUUAUAUCUGAGGGGGCCUAUAAAUGGAGGGGCUUAUAUCUGUGAGGGCCUAUACAUGGAGGGACUUAUAUCUGAGGGGGCCUACAGUAGGAAUCAAAAAACAGUUCAAAACAUGCUAUGGCAGUGCUGAUCAAAAUACAUUUUGCAUUAACCUGGUUUUUAACAAGCUGCAAAAGUUUAUAAUGAAUUGAAUUCAUUUCAAUACAUUUGGAACAGAAGGUAAGGGGGGCUUAUAUUUGGGGUGUGUGUGUGUGUGUGUGUGUGGGGAGGGGGGGUUGGGGUUAUACGCAACUUCCACAUUUCCCAUAAUGCACCUUAUUUGCCCUCCAAAAUUUUGCAUAACCUUUUUUUUUUAUUUCUCCUGCGUAUUACAGCCAUCUCAAGAGAAAUUGCAAACAAUCCUUAGGUGAAAUUUUGAGGGGCUAGUAAGGUGCAAAUUAUGGGAAAUGUGAAGUGGCGUAUCAUGGGAUGUAUUUUUUUGUAGAUGGGCCUAUAACCCGUGGUCUGUAAGUCGCAGUUUAUGGUAACAAUGUCAAGUUUGAGAAGCCAAACAAGCUAGUUACCCUGUAUUGAUACAGAGUAUUUCAAAGCAGGUUAAUAGACUGGGCCCAGUUGUUCGAAAGCUGAUUAGUGCUUAACACCCGGGGUUAAAUUUAACCCUGGUUUCUUUUUCUUGUGUUCAAAAGCAUUUUCUCGGAUACUUAUCUGUGCUAUUUUUAGAGCUUCCAAUUAUCAACUUGUAGACAAAAAGAAUUAAAACUGAAACACUUUUUAAGCUUUCAAAUCUGAAUUCAAAUCUCACACUAACCCCGGGUUAUAUUGACUUAGCUUUGAACAACUCGGCCCUGUAUUUUAAGUGUUCUUUAGCUUUUAAAAUGUAUUUUUUUUAAGUCUUGUAAAUUUUGGUAUGUAUUUUACCUGUAUUUAAAGUGAAAAUUAGGUUACAAAAUACACAACCUUUGGUGACUGAUGGUGUCAGCCAUUACACUGCAUUUCACUGCAUUUCAGCUACAUUUCACUGCUGGCAUCUCUUUUUUCAUUCAGUUUUUCAUUUUGUUGAACUCAUUUUGUUUUCUGCCCCUUCAGGAUGGCAAUAAGGAAUGCUUGUCAGAUGUUGAUGAUCUUGGGAAUUGACACAAGAAGUGUUUAUGAAGAGGACUUUGAGAAACCUUUCUUGGAAGAAUCAGCUGAAUUUUACAAAGUAAGAAUGCUAAAAAUGUGUGAAUAGAAUGUCAGUCAUGUACCGUUUGUAUUUUUUUAAUGCAGUAUGUCAACUGUCAAUAAAGUACGUAGGCGUUAUGUUUUGUUCAAAUUAAAUUUUUAUCCUGCCACACAUUUUAAGCGUUCUAGAGCAGAUCAAUGUUGUUAUGGUUUUAACUUCUAUUUUACUUCGUUUUAAACUCAUUAACAUUCAUUACCAUAUAAAAAGACGAAAUUGGAUGUUAACUCUGUACAGGAAGUUGGUUGAUCAACACAGUCAUGAGCCUCCUUUUCUGACGGUUUUCUUGUAAUCAAUGAAAUAAACUUAUGUUGUUGUUACAAUUGUUGUCUAUUGACUUCACUGGUUUUUUUUUUGUCUUAACAGUUAGAGGGUCAAAAGUUUCUGGCAGAAAACAGUGCAUCAGUAUAUAUACAGAAGGUUUGUUGGUCUCAAGUGGUUGAAUCAACAAAAAUAAGAUAUGCAAGACUUGUUUAUCUUAGUGGCAGUCUUAAUUUAAGAACAAAAUUAAUUUAAAGUGCAAACCAUUAAAUACAGAAAGUCAAAAAUCUGGGAAACGAAAGAAGAUAAAUAUAAACAAAAAGCCUUGCCAAGAAUCAGGUCUGUGCAAUAUUUCAUAUGCAAAUUAUGCGGAAAAAUGUUUUACCCAAAUUUAUAAAGUUUUACGUGGAGAUGCCAUGUUGGUGUCCCUUGAAGGGGCACAAAAAUGGCAGCUGAAAAUCAAUAGCAACAUGUCUUUGAGUUUUACUUAAGGGUUAAUUCAUAGCUUGAGGAACUCAUAAGGAUUAAAGUUAUAGUUAUUUUGAGACAAGGAAUGUUUAGAUAGCAAAAUCGAAAAUCAAAUGGUAAUGUUUUUAAGCCUCAUAAGAGUGUUCCUGGCCGUUAGCUAAAAGCCUCGUCACGCAAGACCCUGGAAGUUCAGGCGUUCUCUAUUGCAAAGCAAAGAACCCCUUCAAACCAAAGAUUUCUAUAAAUGAAUAUCAGGGCUCAAAGUUAGCGACUAACUGGUCGCAUAUGCGACUGGGUUUUUAGUUGUGCGCCUAAAAAUUCAUGUGUAGUUGCACCUGUGCGCCGUAAAACCCAAAGCACAGUGCGACUGACUUACUUCCGACUAUACUUACGAACUCGAACUAGAAAGACGGUGUAUGUUUAAUUGGUCUUUUCUCCCAAUGGAUUCUACGAACUCGAAUGUUCUUUUUCAUUUCGAUGUUUUACUCCAUCCCAGACUCUUCUGUUUUGUGAUAAACACCGCUGACACAUGCAAAUAUAUGCUACGAACGAAACACGUACUUUUUGAGCAAUGGACGAUCAUGUCGAACGUUCAGUUUUAGCGUCAAUCAAAACAAAAACAGUGCGGAUUAAGAGCCUUUUUUUCCAGGUAAGAAAGUUUUUAAAGUCGUAUUCUAGUUACAUGUAAGUCGUUGCGCAUUUAACAGAUUCAUUAAAGGUUAAUUUUCAUUCUCGUUCGACACACUCAUUGUUGUCAGUUUUGAAUUGUUUUUCAAGUGUAAGUUUUCUUUAGACACAACUGUACUGUAAAAAGAGAAAUUAGUCUUAAAAAUCACAACGGUAUUACUGCGUAGCAAAUUGACUGUGUUUUAUCAGUCACAGUAACAAACCGAAGAUGACAAAUAAACGUGGCACUGUUAAGCUUUUUACUUUUUCUUUUGAAAUAGAUGCUUCCAACAUUAUAAGCUGUGCUCCUAAAAUUUUCAGCUGUGCGCCUAAAAUUUCGGCAGUGCGCCUAAAAAUUUACAUCUGGUAGCACAAAAGCUCCCAAACUCAAAUUUAAACUUUGAGCCCUGAAUAUGUUUAGCUGCUGUAAUACCUCAUGAAAGAAGAAACUCGAAAUAAUAGAUACAUGUAAUCCCUUAGUUUUAAUUUUGGUGACGUCAUGUGAAAACCAAGAAUCGUGUUUCAACUUUCAAUAACUAUCCAUCAGGUGGAAGCUAGAAUUAAUGAAGAGUCUGAGAGGGCAAAGCAUUACCUUGAUCCUACAACUGAGGAGCCCAUUGUUAAGGUAAACAGAAUUUGUGUCUAGACAAAGUGAAAUAUUGCCUUUGCUAGCACCAGUGCCACUUCUGUUGAUUAACUGUUAUGUGAAAGUAUGUUAUAUAAAAUAUUGCCUUUCAUGACAAUAAUGUUCUUUGCUGCAUAAUGCUGAAGUACACAUGUAGACUAUUCAGUAUGUUUAACACAGCUACAGUCUCAGACAAAACUAGUUGGGACACUUCCACUUCCAACAAUGUUUUUUUGUUUUAUGUCUGGCCCAUCUAGUUGUCCUUUUAAUGUUGUUUGUCACAGUUGACUCACCAAAUCUUCUGCACCAACAUUGGAAGGGUAAGAAGACAGUAAAGUGUCCCAACAAUUUUGACUGAGACUGUUGUAGAUUGAGGCUACAGUUAUGUGUAACAAUAAUAAUUAUUGUUACACACAACUGUAGAAGUGGGUACAAGCAACUUACAGACCAUCUGUUGCUAAUGUAAUUAUUACAUUAGCAACAAACUUUCUGUAAGUUGCUUGUAGCCACUUAAUGGAUACAAAGGCCAUGAUUUUAUGUCAAACCAUAAUCUGACUAUUUUUGUCAAUAUUUCACAAAAUAGAAAAAAAAACAACAAAAUAGUCUGUCAAACCACUAACAACUUCAAGAGAAUUUACCUGUCAUGAGAUAAUUUUAGUAAUUUUGUCAGAAAUGUAGUACAGUGUUGUAAGUAAGUUUGUUUUACGCAGGUUGUUGAAGAGGAAUUAAUCCGCAAGCACAUGAAAACAGUGGUUGAAAUGGAGAAUUCUGGUGUUAUUCACAUGCUCAAACACAAUAAAAUAGAAGGUUUGUCUAAAGGCUUUUUAUUCACAUUGAAGAUUAUUGACUCUGGUAACAGCAGGAAUAAUGAAGCCUUUGCUCCUUUAAGAAAAUUACAUUUUACUUUUUUCUGUCGAAUAAAAGUAACAUUAUUUAGAGGCAGGUGAGGAAUUUGGAGAAGGAGGGAGGGGAGGGCAGGGGAGGAUGCCAAUCCCCUGUCUCUCUCUUUAAACCUUAUUGCAUGAUCCCUGGGCAACAUUGUUGGUCAAAUACAUGUAUAAAUUGAGACCUUUUUGUUGUAUCUGUGAAUCUUUGUAUUAACAUACCUCUUGCUCUUAUUGUGUAGAUUUGGCCAGAAUGCACCGUCUUUUCACAAGAGUUAAAGAUGGGCUAAAGACUGUGUGUGAUUGUAUGAGGGGGUACCUACGUGAACAAGGAAAAGCUCUUGUUGUAGAGGAAGAAGGGGAGAGUUGUAAAAAUCCUAUCACUUACAUUCAGGUUAGGACGUGUCUUGCUAAAAAAAGUUUCGUUUGAGUGGUGACACCAAAGGAUUUUGUUUUCUGAGGCAAAGGAAAUAAGUACAUAAAUGAAAAUACUGGUAUUAUUGAUUUUGUCUGUUGUUGAUUUCUCACUCAAGUCAUGUCUUUUUACUGCAGAGUCUUCUUGACCUUAAGGAUCGAUUUGAUCACUUUUUGAAUAAUUCCUUCAGUAAUGACAGAUUAUUCAAGCAAGCAAUUUCUUGGGUAGGUCGAGAAGUUAUUACUUCACAUAUAUCUUAAUUACUAAAACUGCUUAUAAUAGGCCAGUCAGUUAUCUAUCAAACCUCCUUGUUCCUCCUUACUUUUACUACUCACCCCUGCAAAUAAGAGCAACUUGAAAAUUACUGUUAUUCAGACUGUGUUGUAGUUGUGAUUUCAGUGUUUGCACAGUCGUGAGAAGUCCUUGAAUUUUAUGGGAAGUCCUUGAAAAGGCUGUCUCAAACUCAUUAAUAAUUCUUAAAGAAAAUACAAAGGAAAAUAAAGGUUAAUGAGUGUUUGGAAAUCAGAUGAAAAACCCCUAUUUUUGCAUCCUUAAUUUCUCCUUCUAAAAUCAUUUUGUUUGAGAAGUAAUAUCAAGCUUUCAACGCAGUGUUUCAUCACCAGAUGAAACACCUCAAAGUUCGUCAAAACUACUCCGCUGUUCAUCAUAUUUUCAACUCUCUUCUCAGUGUUUCAUCUGGCAAUGAAACACUGCAUCUCAUGCUUGAUGUAAUAUAUCAAACAUGAGACGCAGUGUUUCAUCACCAGAUGAAACACCGAGAAGAGAGUUGAAAAUACGACGCGCAGCGGAGUAUUUUUGACGAACUUCGAGGUGUUUCAUCUGGUGAUGAAACACUGUGUCGAAUGUUUGAUAUUUCUUCUCAAACAAAAUCAUUUUUGAAGGAGAAAUUAAGGAUGCAAAUACUGAGCAGUUUUUCAUCCAAUUUCCAAACACUCAUUAAACAUUAAUUUUCUUUGUAUUUUCUUUAUGAAUUAUUAAUGAGUUUGAGAAAUAUUACUUGAAUUCCAUUUUUCCUUGAAAAGUUCUUAAAUUUCAUUGCUAGUCCUUGAAAAGUCCUUGGGUUUUCUUCAACUCUGAAUGUACAUGCAGUGGCCUGGAAAAUGUUUCUUAAUGCUUUUUGGUUGUCCAAGACAAUAAUUAUAAAUCAUAGCUUAGAGAAGUUACGGGGAAUUACAUUAAGCACUUUUUGUUUAUGAAAGAAUUAACGAUCAAUUUAAGACAAGUGAACUGAAAAAUGAAGAGAAGUUGGUGAAGCAAUCCUUAAAGUCCUGUUAGAAUGGAUUGGGAAUGUGCACUUUUGUACAAUCUGUGAAAUUUCAUUCCUUGUAGGUAGUCCUUGAAAAUCUAAUUUCUUUGAAAAGUCCUGGAAAAGUUCUUAAAAAAUGGUUGCAAUUUUUUCUAUGAACCUUGGAUUUAUUAUUUAUUAAUUUUUGUGUCUUGAUCUUUUUCCUUAUAGGAAUUUGAACAUUUUCUCAACCUCAAUGGUAAAUCACCUGAAUUUUUGUCACUGUUUAUUGAUGACAAGCUCAAGAAAGGUGUAAAAGGGGUAGGUUUUGAGAGACUUUUUAUGGCAUGUGCAUCAUUGUUAACUGCGGGCGACAAGAGGAGCCCUUAAUCCUACUCACUAGGUUCUUACUACGCAUACGUCACAUGUAUGUAGGCAGCAUUCGUUUGGACUUCCACUAAGAGUGAAUGGAAUGCACAAAAGACAAUUUGAUCACCUGUGUUUGGACCUUCUAUCACUCGUAAUCUGAUCGCUCCUGUUUUGACCGUCUGUCACUUGAAACUUACGCGAAGCUCAGCGCUGGAGCAAAAGCAUUUUGACCUUCGGUCGUUGUUGCCCACACUUUGUAACCUUUAGUUAUUACUAAUAACUAUUAGUAUUCUUCGUGUUUUAGAUCUUUUAUCCACUGUCUGAGGGCGGACUCCAAAAGUGAGAACUGGCUGGCCAGAUUGAUUAUUUUGAAAAUGAAAUUAUUAGUGUUUGCUAGAAAUUUUACUAAAACCCAGUCCUGAUUGUAAGUGGAAUUCUCCUUACAACUGGACUGGUUUUGCCAGCCAGUUCUGACAAAUGGUGAGCACCCUACAUGUAAGUGAACAAUGUUCGAAGUCUUCUAACUGGAAAUUAAUAUUUGUUUCAGCUGUCCGAACAAGAAGUAGAAACUGUGUUGGAUAAGUGUAUGGUGCUUUUCAGAUUUCUUCAAGAAAAGGUAUGUUAAUUAAGUGUCUGGUACUCUGGAUUACUAUACAUCUAGUUCCUCUUUGGUUUUUUGGUGUACACAGUGGCCUCGUGCACGCAAUUCCAACGCACGCUUCAAAAUCACAGGGGGACCACGCUGGGCACCCGAAGACCAGUAGUAACAAACUUGUACAUUGUAAGCUCUAUAACUCAGUCAAAACAAAAUCUCUUUUUUGUCAGGAUGUAUUUGAGCGGUACUACAAGCAACAUCUGGCAAAGAGACUGCUACUGGGAAAAAGCAUCUCAGAUGACUCAGAGAAAAAUAUGAUCUCCAAACUAAAGGUUGGUUGUUGAUCAAAAGAUAUUGUCAGCCGAAAGUUAAUUAAUAAUACAAGCUGAAAAAGGAAAGGUUCCUUGUGGUGAUAUCCCUACUGUAUCAGAAGAACGCCUAUUUAACUUUGGUUCGAGGAGGUGGGUGUUGAUUCAAGAAACAGGCUACAUCUGGGGUUUCGUUUAGCGUUAUUUUGCUCAUACAAGGUCACUCCUCGUGCUUUGCACUUGUUAAAAAGUGCUUAUAGACGGUGACCUUUACUUAAAUUUGUUCAUAUAGUUUUUCCUGGAUUUCGGUGGGCAUGAUUUUGCAAGCUGUUUAAUUAAAACUCUUUUUCCGUUAACAGACUGAAUGCGGUUGUCAAUUCACCUCAAAACUAGAAGGAAUGUUCAAAGAUAUGUCGCUAUCACAAUCAACGAAUGACGAGUUUAGACAACAUAUCUCCAAUAAUCAGGUACAUCUCUUUGGAACUUGGAUUUUCAGUCUCGUGCUGUUGUUGCUUUUGUUUGUUGCAAAAGGGCUUUAUGCUUCAUGGGAUUAAUGUUGAAUUUUCUUGACUUUUCAGAUCAAUCUUAUGGGCGUGGAUCUCGUAGUGAGAGUUUUGACAACAGGUUUCUGGCCAACUCAGUCCUCCUCGCCGAAGUGCUCAAUUCCGCCCCAAGCCCAUCAUGCCUUCGACUGCUUUAAAAGGUACUCAGUUCAUACAAAUGUACGUCAACCUGAGAAAACCUACAUUUCGCGACGCUAGCCCUGGUUUCCUCGCAAAUUAACUUCUGAGUAACGGGCGCAGAAAUCUAGAUCUGGGUAGUGUUUCUGAUUGUUUGAAGCAAGUUUCCCUUGCGGCACGACCAAUCAUAAGCACUACCCAUUUCUGAGAAGAAAUACGUCAUCAGUAUGGAAUCCUCAGAUGGGGAAACCAGUUGGGCGUCGUUUAAUGUGGACUGUUUCCUCAGGAUAUUCGUACGUGUCGUCGGAUUUUUGUUGUUUCCAGGCAUUGAAGCGCUUUGUGCACGGUUUCCAUCGGUUUACGGAGCACAAUUGUAAGACAAUGGCACUUACAGGAGACCCAUUUUAUUUAUUUAUUUUACGUGUUUACACGAACCUGACCUUCAGCCCCCGCUGAUCAGUUUUUUUUUCUGCUCCUCAACAAACGCUUUAUGGCGUGUCAAUCAGGCCCCAGUGGUUCAAACGGUGGAUAGCGCUAUCCGACGUUUGAACAACCGGGGCCUGGUGGAUAGCCCAAUAAAAUAUGGGUCCCCCUGAUACUUAUUUGCUGGAAAGUGAUUUAUCCGUUGAUUAGCGCUAUCUAACCACUGAACAACUUGGGCCUGAAGUUUUUUCCUGGAAUGAUCUUGUAUACUUUGUUGGCUUCUUUUUUGCUGAAUUUUUGUUUCUCCUGUAGGUUUUAUCUAGGUUGUCACAGUGGACGACAACUGACUCUUCAACCUCAGCUAGUAAGAACCAAACGCUUUAUAGAACUGUUUACACCAUAGUUAUUAGAAGAGACUGGUUAUGAAAAGCGGCAAACAUCAAUAAUAAAAACAACACUGCUGCAGUUUAUGUUGGAAGUACCGUGAAAGUGCACAAUCCUUUGUUUUCUGUUGGCAAAUUGUUACGGAAUAAAUCAAUGCAACGUUUUUAUUGGUCAAUACAAUCAAAAUGAUAGGAAUUCUUUUGAACGUUGUGCACUUUCAGGUCCACAAAAACAUAUAACAAAGGAGUCUGACGGGUUUCAUAACCAUUCCACUCAAUUAACUAUGUUUACACCUUACAUUCCAAAGAAAUUCCCAAAGCAAACUUGACAGCGAUCGCAAACCUUGUCUUGUUUUUGUCAAGUACUGCAAAACAAAUAGUUGGAUGAGUUUACUGCAGAAGAAAUUUCAUUGGAAUCGUUACCACCAUAUAAUGGGAUUCCUUUUACUUUCUCUAAAAAGUUAUAACUACUUUUACUUUUCUUCUGGAAUCGCUAGGGUUCCUGUAUUCCUUAACUUGAAUCGAAAGAGUUGUAAAAUAUUUCAUUUAGCAUUUUUCCUUUUGCUAAAGUACGAAUUACACUUUUAAUCGUGACAGUGACUCUCUCUAUCGCACUGUUGCCUUAAAGCUUAACCUACUUGUAUCAUUGUUUCAAGGGAACUGCGGAGCUGAAUGCCACAUUUCCUCCGUCCAAGAAAGUAAGUACUUUUGGUUUAUUAACCUAUUACUGAGUUGCAAAAUCCUCUCUGUUUUUCCUGCUCACUUUUCAUUGCGCCGUCACCAUUAUCUGAACGCCUGGAAAUGGCUAUGCGGCUAUUCCAUUCACACAAAUGCGCAUUUCUAUCCGUUUGUGCACGAUAUGCUAUCCGGUGGAUUGUUGUUGAUUCUUUGCGGCCCGCUACGACUGGUAGGAAAUUUCCGGACAACUGUUCUCCACCUUUUCAUCGGAGUCCACAAUUCUAACAGAGGUGGUUUUUUUUAGGAGGGUGGUCCAACAGAGAUCCGCCGGCAUAUCUUUCAAGUAUCUUCAUAUCAGAUGUGUGUACUGAUGCUGUUUAACCGUCAAGAGAGAUGGACGUAUGAGGUAUUUAUGGACAGAAUUGCCAUAGUAUUUCCUAACCUAAAUUCAUGAUGCCUGUCUGUAAUUCAUGAUGUCUGCAUUGAAAGUAACUGGUCUUAGACUUGACUCUGGCUCUGCAAGUAGUGGUCAAGGUCGGUUCCUGAAAAAAUGUGGUAAAUUUCGUUUGUAAAAUUCCGCACGUGUGAGUAAAAUGGUACCAUGAGAGAUGUUUCAUUUGAAUGUUCACCCUCAUGCAAAAGUUACAAUUGCACACUAAAUAAACAGUACCAUGUGAAAGUCCUGCUGAAGUGGUGUCAUUUAAAUGGUAACACCAUAGGAUUUCAUCCACAGACUCAAAAAUUAGAACUACAUACUAAAUAAAUAGUACCAUGUGAAAGUAAUGCUGAAGAGGUUUCAUUUGAAUGGUAACACCGUAAGAUUUACUCUAGUGACUGAAAAACUUUGUACGUUUCUUGCUGUUCCCAUUCGUUCCUGCAUGUAUGUUAUGAACUAGACGUGUUAUUGCUUAAGUAGUCUGUGUUAUUCUUGCCUUCUUAUGUUUUGGUUUACACAUUGCAGGAAAUUAGUCAGCAUACAGAAAUUCCUGAAAGGGAUUUAAAUCGAGCGUUACAGUCACUAGCUUGUGGAAAGGCGACACAGAGAGUACUUACUAAAGAUCCAAAAGGAAAAGAUAUAUGUAAGUAUAGUCGUCAAAACAUUUACCGUUUUAACUCGUAAAAUUUUGUUGUUAGUAUGUGUAAGUAACCAAGUUGUGAUGCUUGUUUCGCUUUAUAGCUUACAUCUUAUAACUUGUAUAACGAGGAAUCAAUACUAUCCGUAUCAAUCAAGCAUACGGAUCAUACGGAUCGUACGAGCUUUAACGCACUUUACCGUGAUGUAAUCAUGAGUUGCUUGCUACUUGUGUGCUCAGAAUACCGACUGUUAGCAAUGCUGAUGGUUUCAGAAUUUUGCUCGCUGAUGUUUGUUUCAUGUUUGGGUUUUCCAAAUCAUCAUUCGCCAUAUGUUUAAACCCGGAUUGAGAUACACGGAAUGUUGCCAUGUAAAACAUGAAUUAACGCUGAAACUUCGCUCUAGAAGUAAGGAGUAUUUUGUGCCCAAUGAUAUUACAUUAGUCAUGCUGUCAUGUUGACAAAACAAUCGUGGAAAGCUAUAACUCUGUUUACUUUCAAAAACGAGUAGAAUCUUUUACGGUUGAUCCUGGUAUUUACAAGUAUCAUUUUAUUAUCUCUAGCUCCAACAGAUACAUUUUCAGUGAACGAGCAGUUUACAUCCAAAUUACACAGAGUCAAAAUACAAACAGGUACAAAACUUGUGGUUGUAUGCUUUCAUGGAAUCUUGAAGCGUAAAUACUUGUAGGGUUCUGUGCCUCCUAACGUAAUGGCGAUUUUAGGACUCCCCACCUGGAAACGGGGUUUCCAUUUUUGACUUUUCGUGGAGUGGAUAAUUAUAGUGAGCUUACGCCGGGAUGAAAAGGACGGCAAUACGCUUGUGUGUGACAAACGUGAGACGUGACGGGGCUAUUACUUGCGUGUUAUGUCGUGAUAUUCACUUAAAAUGUUUUCUCGUCCUUUACAAAAAGAUCUGCUUAAAGGGAAGUGAAGUUUGACAAAAAUUUAUUUCAAACAAAAUUAUUGUCACGUUUGUCACUCAAGUUUUGUCGUCUUCUUUCCUCUCCCGUCCUAUCGCGUAAGUUCACUAUUCUCUCGAAGUCACCCCCAAAAUCAUUAUGGUUAGUGCUCCCUGGUAACAUUUGUGUAUUACCUUCUACAAGAGCAUUAUUAUGUUCGCGUAAAGGUACUAAGAAAUGACUUCAGCACAGAAUUGACCUGAAACAUCAACAUGUUCGUUGCAUUGCCCCUUUAAGCUCCCUAACACGUUCCAAGCGGUACAGAAGGUUAUAGCCACCCAAAACCUCCUUAAGUAGUUUUACGUCGACUGGCUGACCCCACUAGGAGUGGGGCAUACAGUUUUAUGCAGUUGUCUGUAUCGGCUCGAUUUCCGUUGUUCUCUCGGUCCGCCCCGAAAAGUGUUCGGGGAGGAGCGCGGGCUCAUUUUCCGAACAGCGGCUCGUAAUCAAGCUUAUUGUCUGUAGGGAAAACGACUUAUGAUGGAAACAUUUCAGGGCGGAAGAGUGGGUACUUUUUGCGUCACUCAAAUUACUAAGAUGUUUUAUUCCUCUAUUCUCUCUACAGUCCUCGCUAAAGGUGAAAUGGAACCUGAGCGAAAGGAAACGAGGACAAAAGUCGACGAGGAUAGAAAACAUGAGUAUCCUUACCGUCCACGUCCUAUCCUUAUGCUGCUUCUGGGCAAGGAUAUUUUUUCCGAGUAUUUCGUCAUGUAAUUAACCCUGAUGUCACCAGCGAUUCUCUUUGCAAUUUUUUUUUUCACGAUCAAGGCCACUUGACUUUGACUAUAGUAGCUUCUAUUUACUGACCUUUACGUUACCUUGCCUCCUCGCGCUCCGUUGCGCAUAAGGCCUCCACACUUUCCUUCUUGCUAUCUUGAAAAGUGUGUCUGGUUUCAAUAAUGACAUUUUUUUCACGGGGAUGGGACAUUAACCCGUCGCCCAACCGCCAACCCCGGGGGGUCAUGCGUUGCAAUUCAUCUGGCCUUUCACCCAAAACCUGCCCAGCACUGUUAAACCUUCCAGGGACCAAGGUCCCAACUGGUAACUAAGGCUUACAAACCUGCCAUCACGUUUAUGAGUAACACUUGGGGACGUUGUUUGAUCAAGGGGUGGAAUUAUCAGGAAAAAUUAGGCGCUCCAAAACCGGACAUCUCCCUCAGAAGGACAUCUACUAAGCUACUAUGUAGAUCGGUCCAGAGGAAGUGUGGCUUGGAGAAAUAUAACUACACAACGUAUUACUAUCAGUGUGAAUGAAAGUGCUUCUUAACAAGUUGUAGAAUUGAAGCAGCCAUUGUAAGAAUAAUGAAGGCGCGUAAGAAGAGACCUCACAAUCUGCUUGUUGCCGAGGUUAGUAUCCAUCCUGACGACAAACUGUCAAAGGAUCAGUUUUUUUAGACUGUGAAGGGGCCAGGUCACUGAAUCAAUCACAAGUUUUGCUUAUUUUUUAUUAUUACCAGCUAAAAAUAUCGCAUUUAUCCCCGUUUAGUGCGGACACAGUUGGCACCACCACUGGUGAUAUUAUACGGGCCGAUUCGCAACUACGAUUUUUAACGCAACACAGCGUUGCAAUGUUGGAACAAUGUUGUGACGAUUCGAAACAAUGUCGCAACAAUAUUGCGACGCUGUGUUUCGCUAAAAAUCGUCGUUGCGAAUAGUCCCGUGUAACAUCACAUUAAGUGUCUGUCUUGGAGAGGUGUCUUCCUUAACCACCUACCCCUCCCCUAAGCCACCAUUUUGCCCUAAGUGAGAAGGAAGUGUUAAUGUUGUCUUAGGGGAGGAGUAGGUAGGUAGUUUCCCCAAAACGUGUAAUGAUCCGUCUUCCUUAUAGAGACUCAAAGAAAAUGGCUGAAGAGAUGUAGGGUUUAACUCGUGUGUCCUGUUAGGAAGGUGUUUGUAUUAUAUAGCUGUCUGGUUGUAUAAAUGAGAAAAAAAAUAUUCUUCGGUCCGGGCGACUCUUUCUUAACGGACGUCUCUGUAGCACGAAGACCCUAUCACCCCAUGUAAGGGAAUCCAAGACAUCCUGGGAUUCUGGAUUCCACGUUGUGGAUUCCGGAUUCCAGGUACUAGAUUCCAGUCUGGGACAGUGGAACUUGGAUUCUGGAUUCCAAUCGUUAGUGGGAUUCCGGAUUCCCUGGGCUGUAUUCCGGAUUCCAAAGCACAGGAUUCCGGAUUCCUUUAGCUGUAUUCCGGAUUCCACAAGCAAAAAUUUCCCACACUCCGGAAUCCGGAUUCCUUAACAUGGGGCGAACCCUAACCCUGCCACUUUUUAGUCAUUUUCUUUGUCAUAAUCAACAAGGCUGAUACCUCGCCAACGUAGCCAUAAGUGCCCCAGGAUCCACUUUGAUAUCUCAGAGGCGAAUCCAGGCUUAUUUUUAGACGAAACUGAGGCCCGAAGGGCCGAAAAAAUUUUUUUCAGACCCCCCCCCCCCCCCCCCCUAUCUCAAGGUCUGGAUCCAUCACUGUCUCACUUGCUGAAAUUGCCUAAAAUUCCAUGACGUUGUCCACCUAAUGCCCUGUUGCUUUUGUUUUUGUAAACAGGUAACUGAGCAGUUGAAAGCCCGAUUCAUGCCUAGUCCUCAAGUGAUUAAAAAGAGAAUCGAAGGUUUGAUCGAGAGAGAAUACUUAGCCAGGACACCAGAAGACAGGUAAGACAAUCCAGUGUAGAAUACGAAGAUGAAAUAUUGUAUUGUUGUCGGUCCCUUUUUCUGUAAGAUCGUCGAGAUCGAACGUUUGUUGUAACGGGAGGUCACCUUGAAGGCAGAUAUGCCAAGGGGGCAGGCCCCCGGGGCUUAAAGCGGUGGGGAGGGAUGGGAGAAAAUUAACUCGUCUCUUCCGUGUCAA